AAGCGACGUCGUUGGCUGGAGAGAGGCGCGGCAAUCAUCGAGCGAGCGAAACAAAGCAGGUGGCCACGGAAAAUCUGAAAAUGACGAAGCUUUCAAAGUCUUCCUCACAUAGGAAUUCUCAUAACAGCCAUAAAAAUUUGUUUGGCAAUUAGAAGCUCUGGUGGCCAUUUGCCAAACAUUCGUUAGAUUCUUUCGCUUCCACUCUUUAGGCUCUCUAUCUAUCUCUCAUCCUCUCCUCCACUGCUUCCUCUAAAAUCUCUUCCUUCCCACUCUGAUGAGACCUUCAAAAUCCAAAUAAGGUAAUGAUAACAUGGUUCAACCAUGGUAAUAAUCUAUCUAUCUGGAGGUAUUAGCAAGUGCCACCCCUAUCCGGGCAUCAACAAAAUCCAUGAUGCUUCUUCAUGCAAGAUUACCCGUGUGAAACCCUUGACUACUAUUGCAGUCUCUCCUAGCCUUUUAUGUCUUCCAUGUAAUAACAAUGUAGUUCACAAUUCUGCUCUUUCUUGGAAUGGACAUAAUCAGCUUAGGACCUAUCAUGUGUCACAACGGGUGGGUUCAAACAAAUGGCUGUGUCGAUCACACGAUUCCAUUUCACCUGAUGAUGAGUAUCGUUCAUCUCGGAACAUAGCAAUCAGUUUGUUUAGGCGAUACAGGAAUGUCAUUGACCGAGGAGGAGGAAUUCAUCAGUGCUGGAGUGAAUGCAUAUGCUCUUGGCUGCUCUGACGAAGGAUUACGAAAGGAACUUAAUGCUAUGAAAGAAUCUGGUCUUGAAAUUGAAGCAAUGCAGAAUUACAGAGGAAGCACCAGUGUGAAAUCCAAGAUUUUCGCAAAGGAGAUUGAUGAAUGUAUUCUGUGGUUGAGCAUUAUAUUCAUAACUAUCUUGUGUACACCACAACCAACUAUAGUUAGAUGGUCAUCUAUGCCUCCAGUGUCGGAUGAAGUACUGCUUCAGUGGAAAGGUUUUUGUGCUCUAAUUGCAAAUGCAUAUUAUGUGAAGGGAAUGGCAUGGCUUCCUGUGAAGACUCUUCAAUUAGAGCAAAUGGCAGUUGUUGGAUGUGCUGAAGAGCCAUCAGUUGUUGCCAGCCGAAUGCGAUUAGUAUUUAGCACACUUGAGGUUGUAAGUCCACAGUGGCCAAGAGUCUAGCCUCUGUUCUUCAAUGUCAGGCAACGUCAAUCGUUGUAGGUUCUCAUUUGGACUUCUGGUUCCAAUUGUAAAUUGUAGAUCGGUGCAGUUGCUCAGCAAUUAUAUAUGAUCUUUAUUUCAAAAAAUAUACUCGUAAUGUAUGCAUGUUAUGUACACUCAAAAUUUAGUUCAAACACUUGCAUGUACCGUUUCUAAUGAAACUCUCACAUUGAAAUAGUUUGGUGGUCGUUACUUACCCCUCUUUAAAGGCUUAAGCAGCCCGCAAAUUUUCAGAAGGAUAUGUACCUUACAAUUUGCGAAUGA